AUGAACGCAAUAAAUUUUAGUUUAAAAACUUUAACAUUAUUUUUAAUUUUUUUGCAAAUUCGCGCCAUUAUUUUGCCAUGUGAUUUUAGUUUUGAUAAAAAGUAUGGAUAUACGUGUCGUGUCGGUGACAUUAAUAUAACAAAAAGUCAUGUGAAAAUUAAAAGAAUUGGUGGAAAUCAUGAAGAAGAAAGAAAAUUAUUCAAUCGGACUGACACAGAUGUCUUGCGCGUGAUAAUGUUCAAUCGUACUAUAAACUUUCUACCUGUUAACAUAACACAUUACUUUCCAUAUUUGAGAACAUUGCAGGUGAAAAAAUGCGGAUUGCAACGACUCACUCGAGCUCCAGAUUUGAGAUUUACAUUACGUCGAAUGUAUUUCGGAUUUAAUGAGAUUAAGAAUAUUCCUGAGAAAUACUUUUGGCAUUUCUGUCGAUUAGAAACAUUGUCGCUGCAUGGAAAUCAGAUUUCAAACAUACCGCGCAUGGCAUUUCGUGACUUGAUCAGUCUCAAGCGCUUGUCACUCAACAAUAAUCAUCUUAAGUCAAUCGAUUCAGUCUUAUUUACAAACUGUCUUAAUUUGGAAUAUGUUGACCUUGAAAAUAACUCAUUGCAGUAUAUUGAGAGCAAAUUAUUUUCAAAUCAGCCAAGGCUAAAUAAACUUUUAAUGCGAAAUAAUCAGAUAGGAGCAAUUGAGAGUGGAUUUUUGUCAAGAUUAAAGUAUAAUGAAACUGGUUUUAAUGCCUUGUUGGGAGGUAACAGGUGCAUAGAUAAUUUUACAUUUCCUCGUGAUGGAAAUUAUGAGGAUUUAUAUAGGCUUUUUGUGAAUAAUUGUUCACCACCACAAGCUAGAGUGGAAUCUACGACACCAAAGACAACUGCUAAGCCAAAAAAGAAACCAAAGUAUAGAACACCUGAUAUGAUUUUCUUUGAGAAUUGCACGUGGAAUAUUCAUAAAGAUUAUGCUCAUCAUUUUAAGCAUGGCUUUUAG